AUGGGUGACGCCGGUUUUUUCAAGGGCACAAGUGCUGAUCAAGAUAGCCGUUUCAGUAACAAAGAAAAGAAACUUUUGAAAACAAUGUCCUUUCCACCUGAAUUCGAACAAAAGGUUAAUAUGAAAAAGGUUAAUCUUGAUGUUAUAAGACCUUGGAUUAGCAACAGAAUUACUGAAUUACUCGGUUUCGAAGAUGAAGUAGUCGUUGAUUAUGCCUCAAGUCUUUUGGAAGAAGAAGACUUGGAUCCUAAACGCAUGCAAAUUAACUUGACAGGAUUUUUGGAAAGCAAAACAAAAAUAUUUAUUAAAGAACUGUGGAACCUUUUACUAAGUGCACAAAACUCUGUAGGUGGUAUACCAGCUGAGUUUAUUGAACAAAAGAAGGAAGAGUUGAGAAAGCAACAAGAAGAAGAGGAGAAAAGACGCGCCCAUCGACAGUCCGUUAUGGAUACCAUUCGUAAAAAACAAGCGGCUGAAAUGGAGGAUUUAAGAAAGGAGGAGGAAAGAAGACGUCCUUACUAUGUACAGUAUAUAGGUUCAAGCUUUUUUGAAUGGACGAUAGGCGAAGGAAAAGAGAUAGCCGAUCACCAGUGCGUCGUAGAAGAUAUGAAAGACCGUAUUCUCGAUCACGAUCUCGCUCGCGUUACUCACGUUCACGUUCUCGCGACAGAAAAAGACACAGCAGUAGCAGGCACCAUCGUUAUAGGGAUGACGAUUAUUAUGAGCGCAGCCGAAGUGGCAGUCGUCGAAGAAGAAGAGGCAGCCAUCAGUAUGAUGGUUACUAUGACGAGCACAGAGAGAGAAGAAGAUCUAGUUCAAGCGUCGACGUUUAGUUAUUCCGCUAGGAUUAGAUGUAUAUAUCGUGGAAAAGGAAAAAAGUAA